AUAUCUGAAUCUUUUUCCAGAGUUAGAAAAGAAAAUUUCUUCAAUAUGCAGUAUCAGUACAAGUAUCAGCACCAGCAGCAGGGUGCAGAGUCGUCUUCAUGGGGUUACUAUGUACCGGCGGCGAGAGGGAUGGUGGGUUCAGACCCAUUGGAGAGAGUUGUGAGGCUGGCUUCUGAAAGUGCAGUGGUGAUAUUUAGUAUCAGUAGCUGCUGCAUGUGCCAUGCGGUGAAGAGAUUGUUCUGUGGCAUGGGUGUGAACCCUACUGUGUAUGAGCUAGACCAGGACCCAAGAGGGAAGGAGAUUGAGAGGGCAUUGAUGAGGCUGCUUGGGAAUUAUUCAAGUGCAGUUCCUGUUGUUUUCAUUGGUGGGAAGCUCAUUGGUGCUAUGGACAGAGUUAUGGCUUCACACAUCAAUGGAACCCUCGUCCCUCUUCUCAAGGAAGCUGGAGCUCUUUGGCUUUGAUCCUCUCUCUUUCUUCGAAAGUUGCAGAAAGAGGAAUUUAUUUAUGAUAUAUCUAACUCUUUCUUUAUUUUUCCUUUUUUUUAAAAAAAAAAAUUUUGGAAAAAAACGACAUUAAUUAUGAAGCUUCUAACCUCGGUAAUGGAUGUUUCAUUAAGUUUAUGUAAUUGAUCGUUUCUGCUUUGUAAACUCCUUCUGCAUGAGAAAUUAUAAC